GCGCGCACCGAGGGCGGCUGCGCGCAGUGUUCUCCGCACGCCGGGCGGCGCGCACCGAGGGCGGCUGCGCGCAGUGUUCUCCGCACACCGGGGCGGUCGAAGUGCGGCCCGUUUGUCCUGAAACUGUAAAGCUGCUCGCUGCCACACGCCGACGGGAGCGACAUGCAAGGAGAGAGCAGGAAGCGGGAGUGAGUUAGCCAGUGUGCUAACGGCCGGGGAUCACGCUGCUCUGUCCCGCUCAGGCUGAACUGGGGUCAGCCGCACCGAUGUUCAGCCCCAUGGCUGUGUGCGCGCUGCGCGUGGCCGCGGUGCUCUGGCUGUGUGCGGGCGGGGCGCAGGCGCGGUCGUACGUGGCCGCCGUGUACGAGCACCGCGUGGUUCUGAACGCGCACCCGGCGGAGCGUCUCUCUCGCAGCGCUGCGCUGCGUCACAUGCAGCAGAACCUGGACGUGUUCGAGGAGCAGGUCACCGCCGCCGCCAGGCAGGGUGCACAGAUAAUAGUGUUUCCAGAGGAUGCCAUUCACGGCUUCAACUUCAGCAGAGAGUCCAUCGCGGGGUACCUGGAGACGGUGCCGGACCCUGCGGCUGUGAGGUGGAGCCCCUGUUCUGACCCGACCCGAUUCCCCAACACUGAGGUGCUGCAGCGCCUCAGCUGCAUGGCGCAGAACAGCGCGCUGUACGUGGUGGUGAACCUGCCGGACCGGCAGCCGUGUGACGCUCGGAGCGACGCCCGCUGCCCGCUGGACGGCCGGUACCAGUUCAACACCGACGUCGUCUUCAGCGACAACGGCACCAUCGUGGCGCGCUACCACAAGCACAACCUGUACUUCGAGGCAGCGUUCGACGCGCCCGCGGAGCCGGAGCUCGUCACCUUCCACACGCCCUUCGCCGGGAGCUUCGGGGUCUUCACCUGCUUCGACAUCCUGUUUUCCGAGCCGGCGCUGGCGCUGGUGGAGGCCCGGGGCGUGCGGCAGCUGGUGUACCCCACCGCCUGGAUGAACCAGCUCCCCCUGCUGGCCGCCGUGCAGUUCCAGCGCUCCUUCUCCUACGCUGCCGGCGUCACCCUGCUGGCCGCCAACGUCCGCUCCGCCGCGCUGGGCAUGACAGGAAGCGGCAUAUUCACCCCGUGGCAGGCGCUGUAUCACCACGACACCCAGGGUGAGAGCGGCAAGCUGCUGGUGGCCACAGUGCCCGUGCUGGACCCGGACGUGGCCGGGGGGGGGCCCAAGGGGGGCCAGCUCCCGCUGCCUUUCUCUGGGUACCCGGAGCCGGAGUUCUGCCUCAGGGGGGGUGGGGAGUGUGAGCGAGGGGGAGGAGCCUUCCCAGAAGCCCCUGCUGUCCUCAGCAGCACCUUCACUGCGGAGAUGAUGUAUGAUAACUUCACCAUGGUGCUGCUGGAGGGCAGUGUGGGGAACAUGACAGUGUGUGACGGUGCACUCUGCUGCCACCUGCUGUUCCGGAGGUCAGGUGCGCCGGCCGAACUGUACGCGCUGGCCGCGUUCCAGGGCCUCCAUGUGGUCCACGGCACCUACGCGCUGGAGGUGUGUGCACUGGUCCGGUGUGCGGGCCCCGCCCCAAGCAACUGCGGGGGCGAAAUCGACCACGCCCACACGCUGAUGGACUUCUGGCUGGCGGGAACCUUUAGCACGCGGCACGUGUUUCCGGGGGUGCUGGGGAGCGGGGUGCGGCCUGACCGGCCGGACCGCUCAGGCUGGGAGGGGCGGCGCUUCUCCAUGAGCAGGACCGGCAUGCGGAACGGGCUGCUGACCGCUGUGCUGUAUGGCAGGGCCUUCGACCGGGACCGCGGCUAAGCUCAGCGCUGCCCCCUAUGCCCCAGAAACAGCAUCUGCAACCUGCAACCCCACAACCCCACAACCCCACAAACCCCACAACCCUC